AUGCAGACCCACACCGGCGAGAAGCCCUUUGCCUGUACUGACUGUGGGAAGAGUUUCACCCAGAAAGCCCACCUCACCGAGCACCACCGCAUCCACACUGGAGAGAGACCCUAUGUCUGUGACAAGUGCAGCAAGAGCUUCAUCAGCAACUCCAACCUCACCAAGCACC